UCGGCCCAAUAUUGGCAUAAACCCUAGAUCCACGUUCGCUUUCACCAAGUAUAAAAUUUAGGGUUUCCAGUCCAAUUGCAAACCCCUUCUCAUUUCGUCGAAGAAGACGCAGCAGCAGCAACAGCAGAGAAAUGGCUCCAAAGAAGGGCGCUAAGCUUCCGGUCGCCGCCAAGAAGAAGGUCGAGAAAGUGGUCAACCCACUCUUCGAGAAGAGGCCGAAGCAGUUCGGGAUCGGCGGCGCCCUCCCGCCGAAGAAGGACCUUCACAGAUUCGUGAGAUGGCCGCAAGUUGUGCGCAUUCAGCGCAAGAAGAUGAUCCUCAAGCAGCGCUUGAAGGUGCCGCCGCCAAUUCAUCAAUUCUCCAAAACAUUGGAUAAGAAUUUGGCAACUAGCCUAUUCAAGAUGAUACUCAAAUACAGACCUGAGGAUAGAGCCCAGAAGAAGGAUAGGCUUUUGAAGAGAGCUCAAGCUGAGGCUGAGGGCAAAACCCCCGAGACUAAGAAGCCAAUUGUGGUGAAAUAUGGUUUGAACCAUGUGACUUACCUAAUUGAGCAGAACAAGGCCCAGUUGGUUGUGAUUGCCCAUGAUGUUGAUCCUAUUGAGCUUGUUGUGUGGCUCCCUGCCUUGUGCAGAAAGAUGGAGAUCCCAUACUGCAUUGUCAAGGGCAAGGCUCGAUUGGGAAGUAUCGUACACAAGAAAACUGCCUCUGUUCUGUGCUUGACCUCAGUAAAGAACGAGGACAAGAUGGAUUUCAGCAAAAUCCUUGAGGCCAUCAAGGCCAACUUUAAUGAUAAGUACGAUGAGACAAGGAAGAAGUGGGGAGGUGGUGUCAUGGGAUCUAAGUCACAGGCCAAGACCAAGGCGAAGGAAAGGGUACUUGCCAAGGAGGCUGCGCAGAGGAUGACUUAAGUAGAGUUCCUGUGUGUUUGCUUGUCUUAGUUAUAGUGUCAAUGAGAGAUCUCUUAUUCUGCUAUUGUUUUUCCAACACCAGACAUGAAUUUUGUUCCUUGAAUUCAACUUUUCUUCUUCUGUUUGGAGCACCUAUCCUUCAGACUAUCUACAUGGAUAAAUCUUACGUUUCUCAA